AUGGUCAACCAGAGCUCUCCCAUGGGCUUCCUCCUGCUGGGCUUCUCUGAACACCCACAACUGGAAAAGGUUCUCUUCUUCGUUGUCUUGUGCUCCUACCUCCUCACUCUCCUAGGAAACACACUCAUCCUCCUGCUGUCCACCCUGGACCCCAGGCUCCACUCUCCAAUGUACUUCUUCCUCUCUAACCUCUCCUUCUUGGACCUCUGCUUCACCACAACCUGUGUCCCCCAGAUGUUGUUCAACCUCUGGGGCCCUGCAAAGACCAUCAGCUUCCUGGGAUGCUCUGUCCAGCUCUUCAUCUUCCUGUCCUUGGGAACCACCGAGUGCAUCCUCCUGACAGUGAUGUCUUUUGACCGCUAUGUGGCUGUGUGCCAGCCCCUGCACUAUGCCACCAUCAUCCACCCUCGCCUGUGCUGGAAGCUGGCAGGUGUGGCCUGGAUGAUGGGACUGCUUCAAUCCAUAGUUCAGACACCUCCUACCCUCAAACUGCCCUUCUGUCCCCAUAGGCAGAUAGAUGACUUUCUGUGUGAAGUCCCAUCUUUAAUUCGACUCUCCUGUGGGGACACCACUUUUAAUGAGAUUCAGUUGGCUGUGUCCAGUGUUAUUCUUGUGGUUGUGCCUCUGAGCCUCAUCCUUGUCUCUUACGGAGCCAUUGCCAGGGCAGUGAUGAGGAUAAACUCGACUGAAGCAUGGAAAAAGGCUUUGGGGACCUGCUCCUCCCACCUCAUUGUGGUCACCCUCUUCUACAGCUCAGUAAUCGCUGUCUAUCUGCAGCCCAAAAAUCCCUAUGCCCAGGAGAGGGCCAAGUUCUUUGGUCUUUUCUAUGCAGUGGGCACCCCCACACUGAACCCUCUCAUUUAUACUCUGAGGAACAAGGAGGUAAAGAGGGCAUUCUGGAGGCUGUUGGGGAAGGAUGGGGACUCCAAAAAUACCUAA